CAGAGGCUGAGACUCCUGGGAGGAAAUGCCCAGGCCAGUCCUUCUGCACUGUUCUUCACAGACUGACAACAUGAAGGUCCUCCUACUGCUAGCAGUCUUGAUCAUGGCCUUUGGCCCAAUCCAGGUCCAAGGGAGCCUUGUCGAGUUUUGGCAAAUGAUCUGGCUAAAGACGGGACAGAGACCUGAGAUCAGAUAUGCCUUCUAUGGUUGCCACUGUGGUGUGGGUGGCAAAGGAACCCCCAUAGAUGAAACAGAUUGGUGCUGCUUUAAGCAUGACUGUUGCUAUGCCCGUCUGGAGGAACUUGGCUGUGGCACAAAAUUUCUGACCUACGAUUUCGACUACAAAGAAGGCCAAAUCACCUGCUCUGAAAACCAGGACUCCUGUAGGAAACAACUGUGCCAGUGUGAUAAACAUGCUACUAUAUGUUUUUACUGGAACUGGCAUAGCCACCGGAAUAAGUACCAAAAAUAUGCCAAAAACUUGUGCAGAGGAAAGACACCCAGCUGCUCAGAGAGAAUGUAUCUCAUUUAAGUCCCCCCAGGAAAAAAGAAAACAUCCCUAUUCUUCCUUAGAAGUCUUCUGUUCAGAGACUCAAAGCCUGAUGUGUUAGACUGAUCUUUCCCACCAUUCUACUACCUUGGACUGACAGAUUGUCCACAUCUACCUCCCCUUCUUAUCCAACUUCGUGCCUGUCAAAUAAAGUAAUUCAUCAAUG